AUGGCGCGCACCAUGUCCACCGAAGAGUAUCAAGACCUGGGCAAGAGCUACUACAAGCAAAAGCAGUACGAAAAGGCAGUAAAGGCCUUCACGACGGGCAUUGAGGCGGCCGUCAUUCCCUCCGUUACUCUCUACGACUACCGCGCUGCCAGCUACGAGAAGCUUGCCGACUUCAAUGCAGCAGUCAAAGAUGGGCGAGAAACGAUUCGGUUGAACAAACGGGACGUGAGGGGCUAUUUGCGGACAGCGAGUGUGCUGAAGAAGAUGAACAAGCUGGAUAUCGCUUUGAAUAUCUACAAAUAUGGCUUGAAGAACGUGCCGGUAGACAAUAAGGAUUUCAAGCUCCUGCAACAGCUCCACGAUCAGCUUACCCGCAAGCUAUCCCCAGCGAAAGCAGUCGACCCGUUCACGAUCCUUCCAGUCGAGUUAGUCGAGAUGAUCAUCGGAUACCUACCCUUCAAGAACAUGGUCAACUGUCUGCGCGUCAGCAGAGGCUGGAAAAGCUAUCUCACGAAGCGUCCCAAGCUUUGGACGAACCUAGAUCUCUCUGGAGCUAAGAAGCCCGUGUCGCGUGUCUUCAUCCGCCAUGCUGUCGACUGGGCCGAACGUGGUGUCACCCACCUCAUCGUCCACCGCUUCCAGCAUACCGAUGUUCUCCGCAAUAUCGCAACGACUUGUAAAAGACUCACAGACAUCGAAAUCUUGUCGCUUCCCUUGAUGCUGUCCGAAACGCUAAUCGAAGUCGCGCAAUGCGCCCUACAUCUGAAGAGGCUCAUCAUACGCCAUGAUAUCUCGCUGGAUACAGCGACGGAGAUCCUGCGCCGGAGGCCGACCCUUGAACAUGUGGAAUUCACGUCUAUUACGUCCAUUGUGCCGGCGGAUGGACGCCCAGAGUGGAGGGGCCCGUUUCCCUGUCUCCACACGCUGCACAUGAAUGGGCCUCCUGGUGGCCUCAAUAUGAGUUCCCUCGACGUGCGGCCCUUGCUAGUCCAAAGCCCCGCACUCCGCUCCUUUGCUUUAUCCUGCUGCAGUGGAUUCUUGACUCACCCCGAGAGCACCAUCCUCUGCGAGCGUGCCCUUACAAGCCUUAUACUCAAAGAUGUGGCAUUCAUAACCUUUCCACGCCUUCCACCGACUUUGAAGCGUCUAGUGUUGCAAUCUAGUAGGCCAUUAUAUCUACCUCGAGGACCGACUAUGUUUCGUUCUCAUUGGGAACAAGCUUCUUGGAACCAGGCAAUCCAAUCUUACCUCCCAGAGCUCACGCACCUGAGUUUAAGAGAGAUGGUUGACCUUACGCCUGAGUUCUUCGAAGCACUUCUGGACAUCUAUUCCGAUGACAAUGGAGGCGAGCUUAAACGCAUAGAGGAGGACCAACGGACACCCCUUCAACAUUUGUCUCUUGCCGUACUCCCACAUGCAUCGAGCCUAUUCGGUGCAGGCGGCCUGCUUUCCUCUCCACGCAUCUUGACUCAAUCUCUUACGUCGCUUGACAUCGCCGCACUUCCAUGUACUGAUGACGACGUUGAAGCACUUCUGGGCCACCCAACUAGUCUUCAAUCUAUCGAUUUGUCCUCAACCAAGGUUACCGGUGCGGGCGUCAAAAUGCUGGUGGACGGUCUGCCUGGCCUCCGCGUCCUGAAAGUGGAUAAUUGCAGACACAUUUCCAGCCGCGACGCGAUCGCGUAUGCGGAGAGGAAAGGCGUCGCGGUGAGCUGUCAGAUGGGCGACUCGUUUGGUGGAGCACGCAAGGUACGCUAUGGAUGA